UUUUUUGGACAAAUCAUUUUGAUUAUAAAUACCAAAUUUUAUUUCGGCCCCUCUGAUUAGAUUAUAAGGCUUCCUGCUGAACGUACUGCAUCACUGGGUAUUCAAUCCCUCGUUAAAAGUUCAUUUCAAACCUUUACAACUGUUUGAUGAAUUGUCUCAAAAAAAAAAUGGGCUGCUCUGUUUUAACAUUUUUGAGUUACUAAUAUAUCCCGGCCGAUUCGUUGCAGAAGAUUGAGAAGGAAAGAUGGAUACUAAGUUGGCCAACACUUGGCGUUUGACAGUGAAUGAGAAGAAUUUCAUCAAAACAGCUUUACUUUCUGAAGUAAGAAUAGAUGGUCGAAAACCCUUUGAAUUUCGUAAUAUCAUCAUCAACUUUGGCAGUGAAGAUGGGUUGGCAGAGGUGCAGCUGGGCCAGACUCGUGUUAUGGGCGUUGUGACGGCUAAAUUGGUUCAGCCUUAUCAAGACCGGCCUAAUGAAGGAACACUUACAAUCUAUACGGAGUUUUCACCAAUGGCUGAUCCAUCAUUUGAGACAGGCCGUCCUGGAGAAUCUGCUGUUGAGUUGGGACGUAUAGUAGAUCGUGGUCUAAGGGAAAGUAGGGCUGUAGAUACUGAAUCACUUUGCAUUGUUGCUGGCAAGUUAGUAUGGGGCAUCCGUAUUGAUCUCCACAUCCUAGAUAAUGGGGGGCCUGAAUGCUCACUAGGAGGAGAAGAUGGUCAGGAAGUAAUAAUACAUCCACCUGAGAUGAUUGAGCCACUUCCUUUGAUAGUACAUCAUCUUCCAAUAGCAAUUACUUUUGGAUUUUUUAUUGAUGAAAGCAUUGUGGUGAUAGAUCCCACCCACAAUGAGGAGGCUGUAAUGGCUGGAAGAAUGAUUGCUACUGUUAACGCAAAUGGUGACAUUUGUGCAAUUCAAAAAGCUGGAGGAGAAGGUGUCAGUCAGAGUGUUAUCAUGCAAUGUUUGCAACUUGCUAUUACAAUGGCUGCGGCUAUAACUAAGCAGAUAAAAGAAGCAGUUGAAGCAUACAACUCAAAAAGAGCUUUACAGAAGAUCAAGCGUGAGCCUAGUUGUGUUGGUACUAAUAUAAAAGAGAGCCAAAACCAAUCCCUUGAUAAUAAGGGCGUUGAGUUGGCAGGUCAAUAUAUGGAGAGAUUGAAACUUGUAUCGAGGGAAAGCUGUAUAGGUCAAAGUAAUGAUGAUGAGGCUGAUUCAAAAUUAUCUGCACUGAGAAGUGGGACAGAUGUCAAUGGUAUCAAUUUUAUCGGUGGCCCAUUUAGUUGGGAUCCUUACUCAAAAGGUGUUGAUCCAGAAUUUUUGAAAGCUUCACUAGCUUCAAAAGGCUUAUCAACUCCCAAUAAGAAAAAGGGGUCAAGUAGUGACGAAAAGCCUGGAGAAGCUGAAAGAGAGGAGCCGUAUAAAGAUGUUAAUCCAAAAUUGUCAGCUGUUGAUGCAUCUGAAACUGAAAUGCAGACUAAAGGGCAGAAAACAUUGAAAGAUGCUGUAAAACCUAAGAACAAGAGGAAAAAGAAGGGAUCCUCUAUGAUUUAAUUUGAGAACAUAUCUGUUACAUCUUUAACAUUUCACACAUGUUUGCAUGUCAGUUGCUAAGUUAUUAGUUAAAGCAAAUCUUAGAGGAUGCUUCAUGAAA